UUAUCUAAUCUCAAACAUUAUAAAAUUGAGUAAGAAAAGUUUUUAUCACAAAAGUGGUAACAAUGGGAUCGGCAACAAGUAGUUUUGCAUUGUUAACCGAAGAUAUUUUAGAUGAAUAUUCGAUGUUGACCUACUUAAGUAAAGCUGAAAUUUUAAGAUUAUACAAAAUUUUUUCAAAUUUUGGUACCGAAACCCUUCAAAAUUUCCAUCACCGCUACUCUGUAAAUCAAGUGGAGUUGGCUUUUCCGCAGCUCAAGUAUAAUCCGUUUCGAGAUAGGAUAUACAAAGUGUUUUCGUCCGAAAAAGACGGGAAAUUAUCAUUCGAAGAUAUCCUGGAUUUGUGUUCAGUGAUGUCGCAAAAAUGUCCCGAUAAAGUGAAAGCGGCGUGGGCAUUCCGUAUUUUUGAUUAUGACGAAGAUGGCGCUGUGGGUGAAAGGGAUUUGAUGAUGGUCAUGGACAGGUUAACAGACUGGCAAAAUAGCGGCAAUCGGAUUGACAAAAACGAUCAAAAACAUAUUGUGCAAGUGUUGUUGAAAGAAAUGGACUUGGAAUCGAACGGCACGAUUGGGCAAUUGGAAUUCGAACACGCAGUCGGAAAAAUGUCAGAGUUUCCGCAUUCUUUCCGAUUUGCGUUUUAAUCACAUUUUUAACAUUGUUCCAUUUUUGUACCUACACACAAAAAUAAUAAAACGUUAUCUUUUGUACUUAA